AUGGGGAGAGGUAAGAUUGAGAUCAAGAGGAUUGAGAACUCAAACAACAGGCAGGUGACUUACUCAAAGAGAAGAACUGGGAUCAUGAAGAAGGCUAAGGAGAUCACAGUUCUUUGUGAUGCUAAGGUUUCCCUCAUCAUCUUCGGUACUUCUGGAAAGAUGCAUGAAUAUAUAAGUCCUUCAACAAAUUUGGUUGAAAUGUUGGAUGCUUACCAGAGGUCUACUGGAAAGAAGCUGUGGGAUGCUAAGCAUGAGAAUUUAAGCAAUGAAAUUGAUAGAGUUAAGAAAGAGAAUGACAGCAUGCAGAUUGAGCUCAGGCACCUAAAGGGGGAAGACAUCACAUCUUUGAAUUACAAAGAACUCAUGAUUUUAGAAGAUGCCCUAGAAAAUGGGCUUGCAGGUUUACGCGAGAAACAGAGUGAGAUCAUCAAGAUGAUCAGGAAAACUGGGGAAAUGCUGGAGGACGAGAAUAAACAGCUUCAAUACAUAUGGCACCAACAAGAGAUGGCAAAUAUGAAGGGUGCUAUUGGUGAGAGGGAUGAUGUUUAUCAAAGGGUCAGAGACUACCCAUCCCAGAUGCCUUUUGCCUUCCGGGUGCAGCCAAUGCAGCCAAAUCUUCAUGAGAGGAUUUAGAGCUCUACCAAAAAACAAAAGCAUUUUAGCUAAGCUUUGCUGCUUGAAAUGCAAGUUCUUAAGAUUUCAGAAGUCUCCUUUGAGUAAA